UGUAGUGGUCGCCUGGCGGCGGCAGCCCGGGACACCCCGACCGGGGAGCCCCGGAGGACCCCCAGUCGGGGAGGACCCGGCCCCCAGCGUCUCCAGGCCUGACCUCCCCUGGGAACCGGCCCCUGCAGCCCAGGCCCCUCCUCCCCGGUGCGAAGGGUCAGCGCACAGGACCCCCCCGGCGCUCCCGCUCCCGGACUGAGGUACCUGGCAUCCUUUUACGGUUUUGUCAUGGAUGGAGUUCCAGUGACAAAAAUGAAAGUCGGUCCGAACUUGAUGAAGAAUAAACUUCAGGAAAUGCAGCAGUUCUUGGGGCUGAAAGUGACUGGGAGACUGGACGCCUCUACUCUGGACAUGAUGCACAUGCCCCGAUGUGGGGUUCCUGAUGUCCACGAGUUCAGGACACUGGCAGGGAGGCCAGUGUGGAGGAAACGCUUUCUCACCUACAGAAUCAACAGUUACACUCCUGACAUGAAGCCUGCAGAUGUUGACUAUGCCAUCCAAAAAGCUUUUCAAGUAUGGAGUGAUGUGACUCCCCUGAAAUUCAGGAAAAUUCACUCAGGAGAGGCUGACAUUAUGAUCGGAUUUGCCUCUGGAGCUCAUGGAGACUUCAAUCCUUUUGACGGCAGAGGGGGAACCAUAGCCCAUGCUUUCGGACCCGGACCCGGUAUUGGGGGAGACACACAUUUCGACGAGGCUGAAACCUGGACUGCGAACUACAGAGGCACAAACUUGUUCCUAGUUGCUGUUCAUGAGCUUGGCCAUUCCUUGGGUCUUGGCCAUUCCAGUGAUCCAAAAGCCAUAAUGUUCCCUACUUACAGUUACGUUGACCCCAACACCUUUCGCCUCUCUUCUGAUGACGUACGUGGCAUUCAGUCUCUCUAUGGAGGUCCAGAAAGGCGCCAACCCCCAUCACAUCCUGACACUACAGAAUCGGCCCCCUGCAACCCCAGUCUGAGUCUUGACGCUGCCACUACUGUGGGAAAUAAAAUCAUUUUCUUUAAAGACAGAUACUUUGGGUGGAGGAAUCCUGAGAGUCCAAAGAGCAAUAUUAGUUUAAUUUCUUCUUUCUGGCCAACCUUACCAUCUGGCAUUCAAGCUGCUUAUGAAAUUGGAGACAGAAAUCAAGUCUUUCUUUUUAAAGAUGAUAAGUAUUGGGUAAUUAGCAACUUAAGACCACAACGACUCUAUCCCAAGAAUGUACGUUCUUUGGGCUUUCCUAACUUUGUGGAAAAAAUUGAUGCAGCUGUUUUUAAUCCACUUCUCUAUAAGACCUACUUCUUUGUAGGUAAUCAAUAUUGGAGGUACGAUGAGAGGAGACAACUCAUGGACCCCGGUUAUCCCAAAUUCAUUACCAAAACCUUUCCGGGCAUUGGGCCUAAAAUCGAUGCAGUCUACUAUAAUAACAGACACUACUAUUUCUUCCAAGGAUCUCAUGUAUCGGAAUAUGAUGUCCUAUCCCAUCGUGUCACCAAAAGGCUGAAACACGAUAUCAAGUUAGGUUGUUAGGAAGGGUGUAAUUAGUAAUGUUUGUCCAUUCACUUCAGUUAAAUAAGAAUUUAUUGCUUACUUGCUCUGUGGCCAGAGUACCAGUGCAUGCUGGUGCGUUUCAUAAAAUAAGGUAAAGUCUAUAGGCCAGAGAUAAACGAUCAUACAUGUAAAUGGUCAUACAAAUUGCAUAAGAUUUUUCGAUUUUGAAAACCCUCACUGUCAAUAUUUACUUGAUUCAGCUAUUCAGCUUCAAAACAGACACCUUCAAGGGGCCAUAGACUAUCUUGGUCCCUGACCAUCCCACAACUGAGACAUUAUCAUGAUUUCUUUGCCUUAACUAAUAUUAAGAAAUAAUUUGUUUCUGUGGCCAUUGAAGGUUUCAACAAGUACAUUUUUUUAAUUCUUUUGGAGUAAAAACAGAAUAUACCAGGAAAUGACAAUUAAUGUAAGUAAUAUAUAAGUAAAUUAUAUAAUU